AGCGCGCAGAUUAAAUAUUAAGCACCUACGUUCUCGAUCUCAUCACUUUCAACGGGAAUGCGGUGACAACGUCACUUUUUGACUACGCGACGAAUGCACACGGAUGAGGCACAGGUUGUUAGCCCAUUUACCUGUCGAUUUAAGGGGAUGAAUUUACACUUUUACCCGGCCCUUCAGCCCUAUCCUCAUGACCGCUUCCGUCGUACCACAGGAUGAUUUCCUUAUGGCAGUAUGGAGUAUUCAGGUGCUGAAUUAUUCCGAUGUCGUGGUGGCUACUCUUUUGGUUUAUGAUUCAUUGUUAAGAUUCCAACAAGAUGCAACUUUUCUCGCCCAAGCCAACACGAAUGUUCCAAAAUUCCUGUAUAUUGGAGCUCGCUAUAUGCCAUUGUUGAUGCCUAUUCCUAAUCUCAUGUUUGACCAAGUCCGUCACAUGAAGGAUGUCGACUGCCAGACUUUAGGUGAUCUUGCAGCAGCCUUCAGCAUGAUGGUAGCAUUCUGCGCAGAAUGCAUCUUUGUGCUCCGAACCUGCACUAUGUGGGAGGUGAAGCGCCCUCUACGUUGGAUUAUGUUCAUGAUCGUAUCUGGUAUGGCAGUUGCCGGGUUGAUCAUAUUCAGCUUUGUCCCGAAGCAAUACGUGGUUGUACCUGAUAUUUCGACAUGCCAACCAUUUCAAACUGCAAAAACACCAGGGCUAUUGGCGGUGUUCCUAACGCUCCUGAUGUUAGAAUUUGUCCUUGUUAUUUUUACCACUAUAAGGGCUGUAAAGAAUUACAGAUCGACACCAAUACCACUCCUUACACGUCUCCUCACGCACCAUAUAUUUUACUAUGGCUGCGGAUUGCGUGCGUGCAUUUUACAUCUAUGACAGCACAAUGAACUCUUUUCUUCUUAGUCUUCAGCACUAUCAAUGUCCUGUGUUUGGCAUUGUUCGAAGUCAGUUUGAUCCGUUUGCUUCCA